AUGAAUCCCGGGGACCCUGCCCAAACCGGACCGGGUGAAGCCGGUCAGGACGGGCUGGCUAAAGCAGGUGGGCAGGCAGGGUGUUAACGGCAUCCCGUGCCAAGAUCGAUAAUGGGAGAAAAGGCUAAACCGGAGGGACUGGUCACAGCUGCCUGGCACCCGGUAUGGGUGCAUGUAGCCUAUCGUUAACGUGCAGGAAUGUGCCUGUCCGUUACCGUAAGAAAUAGCAUUGGCAGAGCUGUAUAUUCAGCCCAUUAUAGAAUUAGACUAUUUCACCGCAACGUGCAUGGUCAGGGCGGACGAAGCAUUUCCGUUGAGUUUUUGGUCAGUUUGUGUGAAUGAGAGUCCAUCAUGAUGUAAACAUCAUGUAAACAUGUUUCCCAUGCCAAUAAAGCCCAUUGAACUGAAUUGAAUUGAAUUGAGAGAGAGAGAGAGAGAGAGAGAGAGAGAGAGAGAGAGUACAGUAGCAGCCUAGCCUAUAUAUUUUCUCUGUAGCUUGCAGCAUUUGAUCCGCGGUGUUAUAAAACGAUAUCAAUACAGACACACCCACAUAAUCUAUGUGAACGUUUAUUUGAUCGUAUUCUGUCUCGCUUUGACCGUGAUACAGUCCACAAACGGGCGAGCACGGGCCCGAGGUUUUUCGCCAUGAUGUUUCAUCGUCAGCACGUCCAUUCAUUCUCUCUGUGUGUGCAGUAAGCAUGUACAGCUGCUAAAGGCCACGGUGUAGUAGCACCCAUGUUACCGCAGCUGUGUGUGGAAUAAGGCACUAGCUACCACGUUACACACCACACACACACACACACACACACACACACACACACACACAUGAUGCUGAUGCAUGACUAUCAGCAUCACAGAUCUACACCCAAUUUGAUUGUACUGUGCUGCCUUACAGACCUAAAAUAAGGUGUGUGUGUGUGUGUGUGUGUGUGUGUGUGUGUGUGUGUGUGUGUGUGUGUGUGUGUGUGUGUGUGUGUGUGUGUGUGGUGUGUGUGUGUGUGUGUGUGUGUGUGUGUGUGUGUGUGUGUGUGUGUGUGGUGUGUGUGUGGUGUGUGUGUGUGUGUGUGUGUGUGUGUGUGUGUGUGUGUUGUAGCUCAGUUGGUAGAGCAUGGCGCUUGCAAUGCCAGGGUUGUGGGUUCGAUUCCCACGGGGGGUCAGUAUGAAAAAUGUAUGCACUCAGUAACUGUAAGUCGCUCUGGAUAAGAGCGUCUGCUAAAUGACUAAAAUGUAAAUGUAAAUGUUCUCUCUCCAGUGAGCAUGGAUGGUAGAGGUCCCAAUUGGUCCACAGGGCUGCAUCUCAGUAGUCUAAACAGGAGUCCUCUCCUAGUUUCCUCUCCUUUAUCUACACUGAUCUGAAGACACUGGACAACACAAUGUGGUAGAUGCCUCAUCCCCUUGAUUGGUCAAAAGGAGAAGACUACAGCCUAGUGAGGAAUAUAAGGGCUAUGUCUCAACACUUAAAUGGUUUCCUCUUCUUGUCUCUUUUCCCCCUUGAUCUCCACUCCUUCAUCAGCACUGACCUGAAAAACACAGGAUAGGUGAAAGCAACAUUGCAGAUCCUUAGAGGGAAUUUUGCUCACACCCAUCAGGAUGUUUCAUGUCAGAUGGAGGAAAGGAGAUAUUGAGAGGAAAAGGAUUUAAGACUAUUGAGAUGCAUCCCAGUAGGCUGUCUCAUCCCAGGGGCUGGUAAGACAUGGAGAGAAGGGAGGGAGAGGUUGUCACAGCGCGCCUGUGAUCUGCUUCCUUGCUGCUACGCGAACUAUCAGUGAAGGGUUCCUCUACAUUUCUAUUCAUUCCUCCUCUUCCUCUCAACGAUUCUCCCCCUCUCCCUCCCCUCCUCUCAAACCUCUUCUUCCUGAGGUUAUCAUUGGCCCCUGAGCUGGGAAUAUUCAGACACAACGGUGUGUUAAUGCCCUGUUUAUGCUCAGGAUUAGGUGUCUCUCCCACUGCGAUGGAUAAACCUGCCUCUGUACACACACACACACACACACACACACACACACACACACACACACACACACACACACACACACACACACACACACACACACACACACACACACACACACACACACACACACAGGACUUCAGCUCUCACUACUUCUAUAGACCAGCACAGAGGGGCCUACUCACCUUGGAUACCAAGAUUGCAUUCCAAAUGGCACCCUAUUCCCUUUUAUGGUGCACUACUUCUGACCAGGGUCCAUAGGGCUCUCGUCAAAAGUAGUGCACUAUAUAGGGAAUAGGGUGCCUUUUGGGAUGCAGCCCCAAAGGAUUUGUUGGUGCACGCUCCCCUCGCUCAGUCUACUGUGCCUCAAGCAUGCUAGUGUAAUAAUCAUGCUAGAUGACUGAUAAACACACACACACACACACAGAGAGAUUGCAUGGCUGUGUGCUCGAUUUUAUACACUUGUCAGCAACGGGUGUGGCUGAAAUAGCCGAAUCCUCUAAUUUGAAGGGGUGUCCACAUACUUUUGUAUAUGUCCUGAGCUCUCUGGAGCAGGUUUUCAUCAAGGAUCUCUCUGUACUAUGCUCUGUUCAUCUUUGCCUCAAUCCUGACUAGUCUCCCAGUCCCUUCCACUGAAAAACAUCCCCACAGCAUGAUGCUGCCACCACCAUGCUUCACCGUAGGGAUGGUGCCAGGUUUCCUCCAUAUGUGAUGCUUGACAUUCAGGCCAAAGAGUUCAAUCUUGGUUUCAUCAGACCAGAGAAUCUUGUUUCUCAUGGUCUGAGAGUCUUUAGUUGCCCUUUGGCAAACUCAAAGCGGGCUGUCAUGUGCCUUUUACUGAGAAGUGGCUUCCGUCUGGCCACUCUACCAUAAAGGCCUGAUUGGUGGAGUGCUGCAGAGAUGGUUGUCCUUCUGGAAGGUUCUCCCAUCUCCACAGAGGAACUCUGGAGCUCUGUCAGAACUCUGGAGCUCUGACAUGCACUGUCAACUGUAGGACCUUAUAUAGACAGGUGUGUGCCUUUCCAAAUAAUGUCCAAUCAAUUGAAUUUACCACAGGUGGAUUCCAAUCAAGUUGUAGCAACAUCUCAAGGAAACAAGAUGCACCUGAUAAUAUAACAAAAUGUGGAAAAAGUCAAGGAGUCUGAAUACUUUCCAAAGGCACUGUAUGCAGUGUAUAUAGAGCAGUCAGAGCCCCUCUGUCUGGGGGUACACCUUGGUGGGAAUGUAUGCACUGCAGUGUUGUCUAUAAACUGCUUAGGAAUAGUGUGUGUGUGUCUGUGUGUGUGGCUGUGUAUGUUUUAUUCUCAAUCUCGUAGUGUAGUUGUAAUCUGUGUUGCGGUGGUACGCUGUGUGUUGCCUGGCCUAACCUGCUCUUUCGUGUGACCAGCCUGGUCUGUAUAGCCGUGUGUGUGUCUCACGUUCUCUUGUGAUACACAGAGUAACAGUAAUCUGCCUUCGGCGGCACACCGUCCGGCUGUCUGUGUGUGUGUGUGGUUGUACAAGCAAUGCUCUUUUAGUCUUGCAGGGUAAACAUCUGGCAGCACAGUUAUAGGGCCAGCGUGACUAAGCGUAUGCACCUGUCGUUUUCAGAGGGGAAUAGAAACCAUAGAAAGGCAAAGAUAAAGGCAUGAUAUAGUCUUCUGCUUGACCUACAGAUGUUAAACCCUGCCCUGUCUACCUACUAGAUGGAACAUAUUGGUGUGUGUGAUGUUUCCAGUCACCGCUUGGCAGAUGUUGACGGCUGGCAGCCACAGGGAGUUAUUUGUCUUGGUGUGUGUGUGUGUCUGUGGAUGUGUGUGAUAAACAGGGCGUCUGAUAAACAAGGCGUCGGUUGGUUUGGUGCGAUUGUUUUAUUUCUACUUCCUGCCACUCCCUGGAGUUCCGUGUUAUAGGAAGUCUGGAGUGCCCCACUUCCUGUCACAUUGGUUUCCUCUUCCUGUCCUUCGUACCUUCAUGUUCAUUUCUUUGUGCUGCCUGCUUCCUCUUUCCAUCGUUUUCGUGGGUGAAUUCACAAUCGAUAAGGAGUAGCCAAAACCUCCAUAACACACACGCACGCACGAAAGCAUGCACGCGCACACACACACACACACACACACACACACACACACACACACAUAAACCUUUCAACAAACACAAAAUUCAGCGAGCUAUUUCCUACAUCCAAAUGUUUCAUAACAAUGACAUUCAAUGACAUUCUAAUGUGGACUAGAAUGUUAUUGUCUUGGACACACACACAUACACACACAUACAGUGAGGGGGAAAAGUAUUUGAUCCCCUGCUGAUUUUGUUCGUUUGCCCACUGACAAAGAAAUGAUCAGUCUAUAAUUUUAAUGGUAGGUUUAUUUGAACAGUGAGAGACAGAAUAACAACAAAAAAAUCCAGAAAAACACAUGUCAAAAAUGUUAUAAAUUGAUUUGCAUUUUAAUGAGGGAAAUAAGUAUUUGACCCCCUCUCAAUCAGAAAGAUUUCUGGCUCCCAGGUGUCUUUUAUACAGGUAACGAGCUGAGAUUAGGAGCACACUCUUAAAGGCAGUGCUCCUAAUCUCAGUUUGUUACCUGUAUAAAAGACACCUGUCCACAGAAGCAAUCAAUCAAUCAGAUUCCAAACUCUCCACCAAUGGCCAAGACCAAAGAGCUCUCCAAGGAUGUCAGAGACAAGAUUGUAGACCUAACAAGGCUGGAAUGGGCUACAAGACCAUCGCCAAGCAGCUUGGUGAGAAGGUGACAACAGUUGGUGUGAUUAUUCGCAAAGUGGAAGAAACACAAAAUAACUGUCAAUCUCCCUCGGCCUGGGGCUCCAUGCAAGAUCUCACCUUGUGGAGUUGCAAUGAUCAUGAAAACGGUGAGGAAUCAGCCCAGAACUACACGGGAGGAUCUUGUAAAUGAUCUCAAGGCAGCUGGGACCAUAGUCACCAAGAAAACAAUUGGUAACACACUACGCCGUGAAGGACUGAAAUCCUGCAGCGCCCGCAAGGUCCCCCUGCUGAAGAAAGCACAUAUACAGGCCCGUCUGAAGUUUGCCAAUGAACAUCUGAAUGAUUCAGAGGAGAACUGGGUGAAAGUGUUGUGGUCAGAUGAGACCAAAAUCGAGCUCUUUGGCAUCAACUCAACUCGCCGUGUUUGGAGGAGGAGGAAUGCUGCCUAUGACCCCAAGAACACCAUCCCCACUGUCAAACAUGGAGGUGGAAACAUUAUGCUUUGGGGGGGGGGUUUCUGCUAAGGGGACAGGACAACUUCACCGCAUCAAAGGGAUGAUGGACGGGGCCAUGUACCGUCAAAUCUUGGGUGAGAACAUCCUUCCCUCAGCCAGGGCAUUGAAAAUGGGUCGUGGAUGGGUAUUCCAGCAUGACAAUGACCCAAAACACACGGCCAAGGCAACAAAGGAGUGACUCAAGAAGAAGCACAUUAAGGUCCUGGAGUGGCCUAGCCAGUCUCCAGAUCUUAAUCCCAUAGAAAAUCUGUGGAGGGAGUUGAAGGUUCGAUUUGCCAAACGUCAGCCUAGAAACCUUAAUGACUUGGAGAAGAUCUGCAAAGAGGAGUGGGACCAAAUCCCUCCUGAGAUGUGUGCAAACCUGGUGGCCAACUACAAGAAUCGUCUGACCUCUGUGAUUGCCAACAAGGGUUUUGCCACCAAGUACAAAGUCAUGUUUUGCAGAGGGGUCAAAUACUUAUUUUCCUCAUUAAAAUGCAAAUCAAUUCAUAACAUUUUUGACAUGCAUUUUUCUGGAUUUUGUUGUUGUUAUUCUGUCUCUCACUGUUCAAAUAAACCUACCAAAUAAAUUAUAGACUGAUCAUUUCUUUGUCAUUGGGCAAAUGUACAAAAUCAGCAGGGGAUCAAAUACUUUUUUCCCUCACUGUAUACACACACACCUACACACACACCUACACACACACCUACAUACACACACACACACACACACAACGGUUUGCUUGCAGAGCAGAUACACAGUAUGACUAACACAGUGAGAGAGCAGCCUCUUGGUGACUUGGAGAGGUCAGCUAGACCCCUUGAACUACAUACUCUUACCUUCUCCUCCCUCCCUCCCUCCCUCCCUCCCUCCCUCCCUCCCUCCCUCCCUCCCUCCUCCCUCCCUCCCUCCCUCCCUCCCUCCCUCCCUCCCUCCCUCCUUGCCCUUCCCUCCCUCCCUCCCUCCCUCCCUCCCUCCCUCCCUCCCUCCCUCCCUCCCUCCCUCCCUCCCUCCCUCCCUCCCUCCCUCCCUCCCUCCCUCCCUCCCUCCCUCCCCCCCCCCCCUCCCUCCCUCCCUCCCUCCCCCCCUCCCUCCCUCCCUCCCUCCCUCCUUGCCCUUCAUCCCUCCCUCCCUGUCAUCCCUUGCUACCCCUACCUUUUCCAAAUACUGUACACACACACACAGCCUGAGGAAGGGCGGGUGAGAAGGUCUGCCCCCUCACUCUCUUUCCUCUGGUACUGGAUGGGAGACUGCAGUGCUACGUACACACACCUACACACACAGACACACACACACAGACACACACACACACACGCGUGCGCACACACACACACACACACACACACACACACACACACACACACACACACACACACACACACACACACACACACACACACAAACACACACAGACACACACACACACACACACACAAACAAACACACACACACACACACAAACAAACACAGACACACGGGCGCGCACACACACACACACACACACACACACACACAAACAAACACACACACACAGACACACACACAAACACACAAACAAACACACACAGACACGAGCACACACACACACACACACAUACACACACACACACAAACAAACACACACACACCCCCUCACACCAGUGCUCCGCAAACACCCCCCCCUACCUUUGUCUCUGCCCUAUGCCCCAGUAACCCAGCUGUUCCAGUCAGGAUUAUACCCACAUCAGAUUACACUAACAGGUCUAAACACCAGAUGUGUUUUGUCUGCUGUCUACAUGCUGUCACAGCAACCUAUUCACACCGCAUACACACAAUCACAACAGACAGACACAUUUAUUGCCAGUCAUUUAAUGUGAUAGUGUAAUUACAACCUGCUGCUCUAACCCUACUUCUUUCUCUCCCUCAUUCUCCAGUGGAGAUUGUUGUUGGGUAUGGCUGUUUAUUUCUGAUCCAGGAACAAAAUACUGUUUACAUACAGGGAGAUUGGAUAUGUAACUAUCUGCCUAUAUCCCCUCCCCCUCUCCCCCCACUGUCUUUUCUCUGUCUCCCCCUCUACCCCACCCUCUCUCUUCUCUGUCUCCCCCUCCCCCUCCCCCCCCACUCUCUCUUCUUUCUGUCUCCCUCUCCCCCUCUCCCCUCCUCUCUCUCUUCUCCGUCUCCCCCUCCCCCCCACUCUCUCUCUUCUCUGUCUCCCCCUCCCCCUCUCCCCCCACUCUCUCUUCUUUCUGUCUUCCGCUCCCCCUCCCCCUCUACCCUCCACUCUCUCUUCUCUCCUUUCUCUCUUCUCUCUGUCUCCCCCUUUCCUCCCCCUCUCUCUCUCUUCUCUGUCUCUCCUCUCUGUCUCUCUUCUCUCUGUCUCUCUUCUCUCUGUCUCUCUUCUCUCUGUCUCUCUUAUCUCCCUCUUCCCCCUCCUCCUUCUCCCUCCUCCUCCCUCACUCUCUUCUCUAGGGGGUGCGCAGGGGGAGGGGGUGAGAGCGGUGGAUGUGCUGACUGUUCUGAGGGAGAAAGUGGCCUUUGUUUCAGGUGAGUCUAGGACGGCCCUGUCACAUUUUGUUCCCAAGUAUCUUUUCCAAGCUCCCUCCAUCCCCUUGCUCCAUGCCAUUUCGUUCCCUUGUUUCGUUCCCUUGUCCCUUCACCUAACUCUUUACCCUUGUCCGACCUAGCCCCUCCCCUAGGCUGAAAUGGUAAAUGUCCUUGUUGAGUGUCUUGGUUCAAAACCUCUCUGGUAAUGAUGUGUUAUGUUGCUUUUUGAUGAUGUCACUGUCCAAGGGGGGAGGGACAAGAGAGGCGGGCCCAUCCUCACCUUCCCAGCGCGGACCAAUCACGAUAGAGUGAAACAGGAAGAUCUAAGCAGACUGGUCACUUAUCUGUCCACCAUACCCAGGUAACAUUAUUAUUCUAUCAUUCUAUCUGUCCAUCCCUCCAUCAUACCCAGGUAACACUAUCACUCAAUUAUUCUAUAACUACCUCACCAUCUCUAUAACUCUAUUGCAUCAUCCCUGUAUCACACCGUCAGUGUAUUAUCUCUAUAACUCUGUUGCAUCAUCCCUGUAUCACACCGUCAGUGUAUUAUCUCUAUUGGCCAGUAUGAAAAAUUUAUGCACUCAUUAACUGUAAGUCGUUCUGGAUAAGAGCGUCUGCUAAAUGACUAAAAUGUAAAAUGUAAAUGUAUUGCAUCAUCCCUGUAUCACACUGUCAGUAUAUUAUCUCUAUAGCAUCAUCCCUGUAUCACACUGUCAGUGUAUUAUCGCUAUAGCAUCAUCCCUGUUUCACACCGUCAGUGUAUUAUCUCUAUAGCAUCAUCCCUGUGUCACAUCGUCAGUGUAUUAUCGCUAUAGCAUCAUCCCUGUAUCACACUGUCAGUGUAUUAUCUCUAUAGCAUCAUCCCUGUAUCACACUGUCAGUGUAUUAUCGCUAUAGCAUCAUCCCUGUUCACACCGUCAGUGUAUUAUCUCUAUAGCAUCAUCCCUGUGUCACAUCGUCAGUGUAUUAUCUCUAUAGCAUCAUCCCUGUAUCACACCGUCAGUGUAUUAUCGCUAUAGCAUCAUCCCUGUUUCACACCGUCAGUGUAUUAUCUCUAUAGCAUCAUCCCUGUGUCACAUCGUCAGUGUAUUAUCUCUAUAGCAUCAUCCCUGUGUCACAUCGUCAGUGUAUUAUCUCUAUAGCAUCAUCCCUUUAUCACACUGUCAGUGUAUUAUCGCUAUAGCAUCAUCCCUGUAUCACACCGUCAGUGUAUUAUCGCUAUAGCAUCAUCCCUGUAUCACACCAUCAGUGUAUUAUCUCUAUAGCAUCAUCCCUGUAUCACACCGUCAGUGUAUUCCUCUAAUCUUUCUCUUUCUUCAUAAUUUACACUGAUAUAUCCCCUCUCUCUCUCUCCCUCUCUUCCGCUCCCUGACUCGCCCCCUUCCUUCACCAUAUCUUUCUCUCUCUCCCCUCCCCUAUCUCCCUGACUCUUCCCCUCUCCUUUACUCUCCGUUACUCUAUCUUUGUCUCUCCUCUCCCUCUCCCUAACACUCUCUCACCCCUCCCCUCUCUCUCUCUACUUGACUCUCCCUCGCCCUCUCUUUCCCCUGACUCUGUCUCUAUAUCCUCUCUCUCUCCGUCUCUCGCUCUUCCUGACCCCACCUCUUCCCCCCAUCCUCUCUCUCUCUUUUCAGUGAUGACGUGCGUGCCAGGGGCUUCACGGUGGUAGUAGACAUGCGUGGUUCUAAGUGGGAGAGCGUCAAGCCGUUGCUACGGACACUCCAGGAGGGGUUCUCCACCCACAUUCACACGGCCCUCAUCAUCAAACCAGACACCUUCUGGCAGAAGCACAAGACCAACCUGGGCAGCGCCAAACUCAGCUUUGAGGUGUGUGUGGGUGUGUGUGUGCAUUUGUAGAGUGUAUUGUUUCUAACUAUAAUUUAUCCCCUUCUCUCAUCUCUCUCUCCUUCUCUCUCUCUCAAUCCUCUCGCCCCACCCCCUCUCUCUCUCUUUCCCCCCUCUCCCUCUCUCUUUCCCCCUCUCCCUCUCUCUUUCCCCCUCUCCCUCUCUCUUUCCUGCUCUCCCUCUCUCUUUCCCCCUCUCCCUCUCUUUCCCCCUCUCCCUCUCUCUUUCCCCCUCUCCCUCUCUCUUUCCCCCCUCUCCCUCUCUCUUUACCCCCUCUCCCUAUCUCUUUCCCCCUCUCCCUCUCUCUUUCCCCCUCUCCCUCUCUCUUUCCCGCUCUCCCUCUCUCUUUCCCACUCUCCCUCUCUCUUUCCCCCUCUCCCUCUCUCUUUCCCUCUCUCCCUCCAGACCAGUCUAGUGUCUGUGGAGGGCCUGUCCAAGCUGGUGGACCCGUCCCAGCUGUCCGCUGACCUGGGCGGUUCUCUGGAGUAUGACCAUGUGGAGUGGACGGAGCUACGGCUGGGCCUGGAGGAGUUCUCAGGGGCUGCUGGACAGCUGCUGGCCCAACUAGAGCAGCUGGAGGCUGGGCUGACCCGUGUAGGCGAGCCCCAGGGCGUGGAUGAGGCCCGCAAGUAAGACGGAUACAGAUGUGUGUGUGUGUGUGGCUGGUGCAGUAAGCUAUGUGUUUUGUGUCUGUGUGUGUGUUCAUGCUGUGUGUUUAUGUAUGUGUGUGUUUGACCAGGCUGCUAGAGGAGCAUGGCCGACUACGUACCACCGUUGCCACGGCUCCCAUCGACGCCAUCGACCGCGAGGGGCGGAGCUUGCUCCAGCGCAUGCGGCUUGGCCCCGCCCACAGCGGCGAAGCCCCUAGCGACGCGCCCAGCAGUAGCCAAGGUUAUGGAAGCUGGUUGUCGGGUGGGGCUGAUUUCCAGAGUGUAGCGCCGAAGGUGGCCGCCCUGCUGGAGAGGCUGCAGACUGCCAGGACACACCUGCAGCAGAGCUGGACCGAACGGAAAGCUCACCUAGACCAGGUCUUACAGCUGCACCUAUACGAACAGGACGCUGCCAAG